UAAUCCGCCAAUUCUUAUUCCCAACUUCGCCGACUCACGAAAGUCACGAUCGCGGAAGCCAACUCGCGAAACCCUAGCACCCGCGAAACCCUACUCCGGCGUUCGAAGGCGUCCCCACUCCGCGAAGAACCCUGCCUUCCAGUCGCGAAGGCGCGGCUUUCCCGACUCGCGAUCGAGGCAUUCUUCAGGUACAGAGGAGACUGCCACUAGGAUAGUGCACAGGGUUCAUGGCGAAACACCAUCCUGAUCUCAUUAUGUGCCGGAAGCAGCCAGGGAUAGCAAUUGGCCGCCUGUGCGAGAAGGAUGAUGGGAAGUGCGUUGUAUGUGAUUCAUAUGUCCGCCCGUGUACACUUGUGCGCAUUUGCGAUGAAUGCAACUACGGUUCCUUCCAAGGAAGGUGUGUCAUAUGUGGCGGAGUCGGAAUUUCUGAUGCCUACUAUUGCAAAGAAUGCACGCUGCAGGAGAAAGACCGCGAUGGAUGCCCCAAGAUUGUCAAUCUUGGAAGUGCCAAGACGGAUCUCUUUUAUGAAAGGAAAAAGUAUGGAUUUAAGAAACGUUGAUCCAUUUUCUCUGAUUCACAACUACAGUUAGUUGUCUCAAAUUAUGAAUGCUCUAAAGCUGCUUUCGUUGCUGCAGCAAAUUACUGUGUUAUGUUUAGUAAUGGCAUGCUGUGAUAACAUGUGGAUGAUCAAAUUCAGACGUGUGGAGUAUGAUUUCCCUGACAUUCAGUGACAUUUAUCCUGAAUUUAUUCUGAUCUUUAUGA